UUAACGCCACUACAAGUUAAAACGCUACUGGAAGAGAAGAGCAUUUAUCUGAUUGAUGUUCGUGAACCAGCUGAAUUAACGGAGGAAGGCAAAAUUAACGGAUCGAUCAACGUACCAUUGGGACAGUUGGUAGAAGCUUUAUCCAUCCAUGAUGAGGACUUUGCCAUCCGAUAUGGUGUCGCUCAGCCGGACAAAGAGAAUACCAAUUUAGUCUUUUAUUGUAAAGGUGGAGUCAGGAGUAAUCAUGCCAUGAAGACUGCAAUCUCUCUAGGAUAUAAUCGAGCGAGACACUUGGCUGGAGGAAUAGACCAAUGG